AGAAAAAAAGUGAAAAAAAUAACAAAGAGAAGAAAAAAAAAAUGUCAUCUUCUUCAUCAAGAAACGCCUUUGUGGAUGGCAAAUACAAACCAGAUCUUUUAACAGUGGAUUUAGCAUCUCGCUGUCGCUGCUACAAAACGACGCCAUCUUCUUCUCUGACUCCGCCGUCUCCUCCCAAGUCGCUUUUGGUGGCAACGCCGGUGGAGGAAGGAGAAUAUCCGGUGGUGAUGCUCCUCCAUGGUUACCUUCUCUACAACUCAUUUUACUCCCAGCUUAUGUUGCAUGUCUCUUCCUAUGGCUUCAUUGUCAUCGCUCCGCAGUUAUAUAACAUUGCCGGACCAGACACGAUGGACGAGAUAAAAUCAACGGCGGAGAUUAUUGAUUGGUUAUCAGUCGGACUUAACCACUUUCUUCCACCACAAGUAACACCCAACCUAUCUAAAUUCGCACUCACCGGCCAUAGCCGCGGCGGCAAAACCGCAUUCGCCGUGGCCUUAAAGAAAUUUGGAUACUCAUCGGAACUAAAGAUCUCAGCAAUUAUCGGUGUAGAUCCGGUGGAUGGGACAGGGAAAGGUAAACAAACCCCUCCUCCGGUUUUAACCUAUGAACCAAACUCAUUUAACCUAGAAAAGAUGCCUGUUCUAGUUAUUGGUUCGGGACUUGGUGAACUUGCCCGGAACCCAUUGUUUCCACCGUGUGCACCUACGGGAGUGAACCACCGAGAGUUUUUCCAGGAAUGUCAAGGUCCAGCGUGGCAUUUUGUCGCAAAGGAUUACGGACAUUUGGACAUGCUUGAUGAUGAUACAAAAGGGCUUAGAGGGAAGAGUUCUUAUUGUUUGUGUAAGAAUGGUGAAGAGAGAAAACCAAUGAGGAGAUUUAUUGGUGGAAUUGUUGUGUCGUUUUUGAUGGCUUAUCUGGAAGAUGAUGAUUGUGAAUUGGUGAAGAUCAAAGAUGGGUGUCAUGAAGGUGUUCCUGUUGAAAUUCAAGAGUUUGAGGUUAAAAAGUAAUUUUCUUUAGAGCUUGUUUUUCCUAUUUUCAAUAUACAAUAGUCACACUGCUUAUGAAGUUAUAUUGUGUAGUCUUUAC